GAAGUACACUUUGCAGACAAAAUCAACGAGUGCAUUCAUCGCGUGAAAGUUUUGUGAUUUUUCAGCGAGUGUGAAAAUAAUUCAGAACACGUGGCAAGAUAUUUCAGUUUUUCCGUUGAAAAUGUGCGCUUUAAUUGUAUUACCGGCCAGUGAGUUCAUAAGCACAGACAUGCAGCAACACCGUAGGGAGUAAAAACUGUACCGUGGUCCAACACUUAGACUCACGCACGCAUAUGAACACAUUUCCCACCCAUUCCGCAAACUUAUUGUCCAAGUGCAGCGCAGCGUUUCGAAGCAUUACCUCUGGCCUUUCAGCAUUCCACCCCCUGUCGACAGUGUGUGUUUGACCUUGUUACAACCAUAAGUAAAUAGAACCCACACAUAUACCAUCCACAAGCAUUUCUGCUCCACACCCACACAAGAGCCUCAAACGCCGCUAAAUGCCGUUGAGGAAAAUGUCCGCGGCUGCAGGUUCCACUGUCGCUGCGCUUGCUGCCAUUGCCGUGACAACAACAACAACUACCACAACAGUUACCACCUUAGCCACGGCAGCAGCGACGGCACUCGCAGCAGCAACAGCGACGGGCAGCAGCAAUUACAGCAAUGUCGCCAACAUAAUGGGUGCCGGCAGCGACGUUGCGACGAGUGGGACGGCGAGCGCUGCUGGCGGCGCCGAUCAUUUGCCGCUUCAGUUGACCACCGCCAAAGUGGAUCUGGACAUUGAAAUCGACAUUCAACUGCUCACAAACGGCUACGAAGGCACAACGCUGACUUCAUACUUCAAUGACACGUCGUGGAUAAAUCCAUCCGAAGCCGAUACGAUAGUGGGUGAGGAUCCUGAUGCGGUGUCUCUUGUGUCAAUUUUAGUUGUUGGCAUCUUCCUGUCAGUGCUGAUUUUUCUAUCGGUCGCCGGCAACAUACUCGUCUGCCUCGCCAUUUAUACGGAACGCAGUUUGCGACGCAUCGGCAAUUUAUUUCUGGCGUCAUUAGCGAUAGCGGAUUUAUUCGUUGCAUCCCUAGUGAUGACAUUCGCCGGUGUCAAUGAUCUGCUGGGUUAUUGGAUUUUCGGCGCGCAAUUUUGUGAUACUUGGGUCGCUUUCGAUGUGAUGUGCUCAACGGCGUCCAUUUUGAAUUUAUGCGCCAUCUCAAUGGACCGUUAUAUACACAUAAAGGAUCCACUCAGGUAUGGUCGCUGGGUGACACGACGUGUCGCAGUCAUUACAAUCGCUGCCAUUUGGCUGCUGGCCGGAUUUGUCUCGUUUGUGCCAAUCUCGUUGGGUCUGCAUCGACCGGAGCAGCCGUUAAUCGUAGAAGACAAUGGAAAACGGUAUCCCACGUGUGCGCUGGACCUGACGCCCACCUAUGCGGUCGUAUCUAGUUGUAUCAGUUUCUACUUCCCAUGCCUGGUCAUGAUUGGCAUCUACUGUAGACUCUACUGCUACGCGCAGAAGCAUGUAAAGUCCAUCAAAGCGGUGACGCGACCCGGCGAGGUGGCCGAGAAGCAACGCUAUAAGAGCAUACGACGCAACAAAAACCAACCGAAAAAGUUCAAAGUGCGCAAUCUGCACCACAGUUCGCCCUAUCAUGUCUCUGAUCACAAGGCCGCCGUCACGGUCGGUGUCAUUAUGGGCGUCUUCCUAAUCUGUUGGGUGCCAUUCUUUUGUGUCAAUAUUGUCGCCGCCUUUUGUAAGACCUGCAUUGGGGGACAGACCUUUAAAAUACUCUCGUGGCUGGGCUACUCCAACUCGGCCUUCAAUCCCAUCAUUUACUCAAUAUUCAACAAAGAAUUUCGUGACGCCUUCAAGCGCAUACUCACCACACGAAAUCCAUGGUGUUGCCGACAGGAGGUUGGCAAUAUACAUCCGCGCAACAGCGACCGUUUCGUAACCGAUUAUGCGGCGAAAAACGUUGUUAUGAUGAAUUCAGCACGCUCGUCGGCCGAACUGGAACAAGUGUCUGCGAUUUGACCAAAACGCACCGCUUCGGCGUUAGUUUGCUGCAUGUCCAGUGCGGAUGCUGCAUCUCUGACGACGACAUAUAUUCCGUGAGAUUCGGUGACGGUGGCAACCACGACCAUCGUGGAGGCCUUGCCGGUUGUGACGGAAAUGGAAACGGAAUUAGUUUAAAAUUGCUGAAUUACGAAGAGGAUGCAUGCAGUGACGAUGAAAUGUGCGUGGCACCAUAAUCGUGCGAGAUAAUCG